AUGGUAAGAGGGCGGAGUGGAGGACGACUCAACAUCAGAUAUCUGAGUCUACCCCGCCCUGUUACGGCUGCAGAAAAGACCACCUCCGUCCUCAGCAUUCUUGGAUCCGAAUCCAGUGCCCGUGACUGCAAGAAUCAGCUCAUGGAACUCUUUGACUUCCAGAGCUUCCACAUCACUGCCAAAAUCGUGACGUCGUCGUGUGGUGUACCACACUAA